ACCUUUGAGACUCUGGCAAUGGACUCAGAGCUCAAAGACAAACUUUUGAAGGAUUUAGACAGAUUUGUGAAGAGAAAAGAUUAUUAUAAGAAAGUGGGGAAGGCUUGGAAAAGAGGGUACUUGCUGUAUGGCCCUCCAGGGACAGGAAAAUCCAGUUUGGUGGCCGCUAUGGCUAAUUACUUGAACUUUGAUAUAUAUGAUCUGGAGUUGGGUGAGGUGAUGAAGAACUCUGAUUUAAGACGGCUGCUUGUGGCCACGGCUAACAAGUCCAUCUUGGUGGUAGAAGACAUUGACUGUACUAUUGAUUUGCAAAGUAAUUUGGCUAAUCGAGCAAAUGAUUCUCCUUCAGAUUAUUCUAAUCAGCAAGAAACCAAGGUGACAUUAUCUGGUUUAUUGAAUUUCAUCGACGGAUUAUGGUCAAGUUGUGGUGACGAAAGGGUCAUAAUUUUCACAACAAAUCACGUAGAAAAGCUUGAUCCUGCAUUGUUAAGGCCCGGUAGGAUGGACAUGCACAUUAAUUUGUCAUAUUGCACUCCCAGUGGCUUCAGGCUUCUUGCUGCUAAUUACCUGGCAACUAAAGAGCACAUUUUGUUCAAACAAAUUGAAGAACUGAUAGAAACAGCAAUGGUAACUCCGGCCGAAGUGGCGGAGCAACUGUUGAAGGAAGAUGAGGUUGAAGUUUCCCUUAAUGGCUUAAUCAGUUUUCUUCACGUAAAGAUUAAGGAAAAGGAAGAAGCCAAGUCUAAGAAAGUAGUGGCAACACACGUGGAGAUAAAUGAGAAGGAGGAAAAUGAUGAAAAAGAGAUUAAAGAAAACGUGGAAGAAAAAGAGAUUACUAAAUGAGGAAAUUUGUUAAAAUGCCACAAAGGGAGUUGGCUCUACUUAACAUGUCAAUAUGGGAUAAUGACUUCAUUUUGUUUUUUAAUUAAUACACAAAGAAGCUUAUCUGGUUAAUCACAAAGUGAUUGGUUAACUAAUCUUUUUUUUCCUUAAGGAGAUAGUAAUUAGUAUGCUAUGCUAAGAAGUUAAGAACUGAUAUGGAUUCCACUACCUACGUCCUACUAUGGAUUUUACCAGUCUACAUAUUAACAAAUGCUUUUUUUAAAUACUUUUUGAGUGUCUUUUUUGUUUAUUUAGCUUUUUGAGUGUCUUUUUGAUUUGAUUAAUCGUUCAUGAGCUUUUAACAGGUGAGAAGAGUCAAAUUCCCAAAGAGCCAAAAAAAAAAAAAAAUUAUUUGCAAAUUCCAAAGGUGGGUUGGCUCCAUUUACUGUGGAAAUGAACUCUCAAUGUAUCUUAGUCCAUAUUUGAGGGUAAUAAUUCAAUUAGUUUUAGAAAUAGUUCAAA